AUGAACCCCGCAAGGCUAUCAUUGACAACGCUGCGCGUCGCAGUCAGAAGCUCGAAUCGUCAUAUCCAACGUCGAGGACUCGCUACUCUCUCAAGCGAGCCGGUCAAUGUUGUCGCCGAACCAAAGCCGUCUUCCUUCUCACCCCUCCAAGAUGCGCUUGCUGCGAAAGAAUCCAGGAACAAUUGGACAAAGGCCGAGAUUGAGAGCAUAUACAACACAGGCGCACUAGAGUUAGCCUUCGCUGCUGCAACAAUCCACCGCCGAUUCCACAACCCAUCCUCAAUCCAGAUGUGCACGCUCAUGAAUAUCAAAACCGGUGGCUGCAGUGAAGAUUGCUCAUACUGUUCCCAAUCUUCCCGGUACGACACGGGCCUCAAGGCCACUAAACUCUCCAACGUCGAGGCGGUCCUCGAGGCCGCCAAGAUUGCUAAAGCAAAUGGUAGCACCCGGUUUUGCAUGGGCGCAGCAUGGAGAGACAUGCGAGGUCGUAAGACGAAUUUGAAGAGAAUUAAGGAGAUGGUUUCUGGUGUUAGGGCGAUGGACAUGGAGGUGUGUGUUACGUUAGGAAUGAUUGAUGAUGAACAGGCGAAGGAGUUGAAGGAGGCUGGGUUAACAGCUUACAACCAUAAUAUCGAUACCUCGAGGGAGCACUAUCCUAAGGGAACGCCUCUUGGUGAUACCAAGCCGCUGCCAUUCACGUCGAUUCUGAAGACGAUAUCAACUGCUCGUUGUAUCAUGCCAACCAGUAUCAUCAGAUUAGCUGCUGGUAGAAUAACGAUGUCCGAAGAACAACAAGCGCUGUGCUUUAUGGCUGGAGCCAAUGCGAUAUUCACUGGCGAGAGGAUGUUGACUACCGACUGUAGCGGCUGGGAUGAAGAUAAGGCUAUGUUUGAUAGGUGGGGCCUUCGUCCGAUGAGGAGCUUCGUGAAGGACGAAAUCACGGCACCGUAA